AUGAUUGUUGAACGUGAGCCUGAUUUGAACCGUAUCUUGGGUGGAAUCUAUGUUGGUGGUAUUCAACCUAUCAGUGAACAUGUUCCUCUACAUGGUAAAUGGGAAAUCACACAUAUAUUAUCGAUAAUAAAAUUUGAAGUUAUACCUGAAUACUUGGUCAGAAAAAGCUAUACUUUGAAGAAUAUAUCGAUUGAUGAUGAUCUGCAUACGAAUAUUUUGGAAUACUUUAACGAAUCUAAUAGAUUUUUGGACAACUGUCUUUAUCCAAAUGAACUCGAGUAUGAUCCCGCUAAAGUUGAUUUCAGAAAGAAACCUCACGGUGGUAACGUUUAUAUCCAUUGUCAAGCAGGUGUCUCUAGAUCAGUUAGUUUCACCAUAGCCUAUCUGAUGUACCGUUAUCGUCUCAAUUUGAAAACUGCUCUCCAUGCAGUUAAAAGGAAAAGACCAAUGUCUCAACCAAAUGAUAACUUUAUGGAACAAUUACAACUUUAUGAAGAUAUGGGCUCUCGUUACGUGGAUGGUAAUAACCAGUUAUAUAAGCAAUGGCUUCUCAAAAACUCGGUGAAACUGGACCCAACUGGUAGCGAGAUUCUUUCCCAUGAUGAAACCUUCAAGAAAGAUGAAGAAAAGGAUUUCGAGAGUAUGACCCCAGAAGAACAGACUCAGGUCAAGGUGGCUCGUUGUAAAAAAUGUAGACAAAAAUUGGCACUGUCCACAUCCUUUAUUCCGCAUUCACCUCCAAGCAAGCAAUCCUCAGAAGGUCAUUUCAUUAGAAGAGCCGCUGGCUCACAUAGAAUCAUCGGCAUUGAAGCUUCACAGAACCAAUGUUCCCACUAUUUUGUGGAACCCAUGAACUGGAUGAAGGAUGAAUUGCAAGCUAAACAAGAAUUGGAAGGUAAAUUUGGCUGUCCCGGUUGUCACAGAAAAGUGGGCGGCUACAACUGGAAGGGUUCAAGAUGCAGUUGUGGUAAAUGGGUUAUACCGGCAAUUCAUCUACAAUCAGACAAGGUAGAUCUUAUGUCAUUAAGAGGGCCCUCUCUAGCACCGAAUGUUACUAAAUAG